GCCCGGCCCGGUCCGGCCUCCCCGCGGGGUCACGCGGCCGCCCCGGGGACGAUGAACGGAGGAUAAAUGGUGCCCAAGGCAGACAGCGGUGCCUUCUUGCUGCUCUUCCUACUCGUGCUCACCGUCACCGAGCCGCUGCGGCCAGAGCUGCGGUGCAACCCCGGGCAGUUUGCCUGUCGCAGCGGCGCCAUCCAGUGCAUCCCCCUCCCCUGGCAGUGUGACGGCUGGGUGACUUGUGAGGAUGAGAGCGACGAAGCCGACUGUCCAGAAGUGACUGGGGAGUCGCGUCCUUAUCAUGGGAAGGAGGCUGUGGAUCCGCGGCCGGGGCGGGCCCGAGGCAGCGACCCCAAACACUUCCACGCGGUGAAUGUGGCGCAGCCCGUGCGCUUUAGCAGGAAGUGCCCGACAGGAUGGCACCACUAUGAAGGCACGGCCAGCUGCUACCGGGUCUACCUGAGUGGGGAGAACUACUGGGACGCCGCGCAGACUUGCCAGCGCGUCAACGGCUCCCUCGCCACCUUCUCCACCGACCAGGAGCUGCGCUUCGUCCUGGCCCAGGAAUGGGACCAGCCAGAGCGGAGCUUCGCUUGGCAGGACCAGCACAAGCUGUGGGUCGGCUACCAGUAUGUCAUCGCCAGCCGGAACCGCUCCUUGGGUCGCUGGGAGGUAGCCUUCAAGGGUUCCUCAGAGGUGUUCCUGCCCCCAGACCCCAUCUUCGCGUCGGCCAUGUCGGAAAGCGACAGCGUGUUCUGCGCCCAGCUCCAGUGCUUCCAUUUCCCCACCCUCCGCCACCACGACCUGCACAGCUGGCAUGCCGAGAACUGCUACGAGAAGUCUUCGUUUCUCUGUAAAAGAAGUCAAACAUGCGUUGACAUCAAGGACAAUGUGGUGGAUGAAGGGUUCUACUUCACCCCCAAAGGAGACGACCCAUGCCUGAGCUGCACCUGCCAUGGUGGGGAGCCUGAGAUGUGUGUGGCUGCCCUCUGUGAGAGGCCCCAGGGCUGCCAGCAGUACCGCAAGGACCCCAAGGAAUGCUGCAAGUUCAUGUGCCUGGACCCAGAUGGCAACAGCCUGUUCGACUCCAUGGCCAGUGGGAUGCGUCUGAUCGUUAGCUGCAUCUCCUCCUUCCUCAUCCUGUCGCUGCUGCUUUUCAUGGUCCACCGGCUUCGCCAGAGGCGGCGGGAACGCAUUGAGUCCCUGAUUGGAGCCAACUUGCACCACUUCAACCUCGGCCGGAGGAUCCCCGGCUUUGAUCAUGGCCCAGACGGGUUCGGCACCGGCCUCACGCCACUACACCUUUCUGACGACGGGGAAGGCGGCACGUUCCACUUCCACGACCCUCCGCCUCCCUACACCGCCUACAAGUACCCAGACAUCGACCAGCCUGAUGAUCCGCCGCCGCCCUAUGAGGCCUCCGUCAACCCUGAUAGUGUGUUCUACGAUCUCGCAGACGACGAUGCUUUUGAGCCAGCAGAGGCCAGGCCGUCCGCCCCAGGGGAUGGUAGCGGUGAAGGUGCCUCCCCCCGGUGCCUGGAGCACCCUCUGCCCGCUGCAGGGGCCUCUCUGGCUGACCUGGAAGACUCGGCCGACAGCAGCAGUGCCCUGCUUGUGCCCCCUGACCCUGGCCAGAGCGGGAGCAGCGCGGUCACAGAGGUGCUGCCGGGGGGUGGCUGCCACAGCCACAGUUCCCUCAGUACCGUGGUGUAG